AUGCUCCUACGCUGUCUAGCAAGAAAAGCGACAUGGCCUUCCACUAGUAAAAACUGGCCGCAAUUCAUUUUAUCCUCACAACGUCGUUUUAAUUGCUCUCGCUAUACUGAUAAAAUUUUAACUGCCUCAACAGCAGUCAAAUUUAAGCCUACGGUGUCGACAAUGAAAAGACCACAAUUAUUAAAGCAAUACAGAGAUAUUAAACAAAGCUACCAAGAUUUUGUCUUAAUAUUUCAAAUUGGUGAAGCCUAUGAAGUGUAUGAUAAAGAUGCUGAUAUUGUUGCCAGCAAGUCUACACUUCCAUUACUUGACACUGCUAAUAACAUGGAAUCAACGUCCGCGUUACUUCGAGUGCGCUUUCCAAAGCACCAAGUUGAUGAUGUUGUCAAGACACUUUGCAGGGAGAAGGUCAAAAUCGCCAUUUGUAAUGAGCAAACUACAAGGAGUACAACCUCGGCCAAUCUGAGAGAGCGCAAGGUAACCAAAAUUUUCACACCUGGCACUUACACUUUCGCAGAAUACAACUCCAGCAUCGAUACUAGCAAUUACUUGCUCUCCAUUGUUGAUGGCCCUGAAGAAACUUUAGGAUUAAGCUGGAUCGAUGUUGCAGCUCAAGACUUUCAGAUUGGUGCAAGAACUAAUGUAACUGUCUUUUUAGAAUAUGCACAAAUUCUUUGCGCCAUGCGUAAGGUCAAACCAUCUCAGCUAGAAUUUGAAGCUUGUCGGGUUUUAAUGCAAUAUCUGGAUUACAUCGAUGAGCAUCUUUUACUUGAAACUUUAAAACCACUUAAAUUUAAACAAGAUGAACAUAUGUUAAUUGAUCCCACGACUAGAAAAUCGUUGGAGCUAACAACAACAAUGUUUGGUGCCGUUCCCACAGUCUCCAAAGGUACGUUAGUUAAUGUUUUGGAUAGAACAGUGACCAGCGCUGGACGAAAAAUCUUAACUGCGCGUGUUACUGCACCUUCUACGAAUGUAAAUGAGAUUCAGCGCCGCUUGGAUUUUGUAUCGAUAUUUGCUACUAAUCCAGGCUGCGCAACUGAUAUUCAUAAAUGUAUGCAAGGGUGCCACAACAUGGAUGUUCUUCUACGCACGAUUUCGAUGAACUUAGGCAGUAUCGAUACUUUACGUGAGUUAAUGAAGAUACUAAUUAUUUCGGAUGAUAUCAAGGAUAUACUCAGAAAUAGAAUAUCUGCAAGUGAUGUUUUAGCCGUAGCCGAAGAUCUAGGAAACUUUAUCGAUUUAAAAGAAAAGCUUAUUCGUUCGGUAAUGAACGCUACAGACAAUGGAUUAUUUGCCAAAGGAUACUGUGCUGAGGCCGAUGAAAUUGAAUUACUUAAAGCGAACAAUGAUCAUCAGGCCAACAAUUUGAGAAUGCAACUUAGCAAUCAGUUUGGCCUUCCCCGCUUGGAUCUGUUGACUAGCAGAGACUUCCAUCGAUCAUUCUGUAUUAGUUCGCCAGCUGCUAACAAAAUUAGUAAUCAUCAUGGAUAUUUCGUUAUCGACGCUGGUACGUCCGGUAGUAGUAAAAAAAUUGAAUUUAGCAUCCCUGAGUUAGAAGAACUAAAUACUGAGUGGUUACAACUUCAUCGACGUCAGAUUGAAUUGCAACAAAAACUUUUCACUGAUCUUCGAGCAAAGAUCAUACCACUAGUAGAUGAAUUAACCGUUACUGGUCAAACACUCGCAGAAUUAGAUGUUGCUUGUGCAUUGGGUAUUGGAGCACAUGAAAGGGGGUAUUGCAGGCCACUGAUUACUGAAGAUACUACUUUCGAUAUUAAGAACGGAAGACAUCCUAUUAUUGAUGCAUAUUACAGCGAAAUGUGCGUAAGUAACAACUGCAAUUUGAACGAGAAAAAUGUUUGGAUUAUAACUGGGCCAAAUAUGGCAGGAAAAAGUACUUUUCUUAGGCAGAAUGCCUUAAUCGCUAUUAUGGCACAGAUGGGUAGUUUUGUACCAGCUCAAUCAGCUAAAAUUGGUACUAUAUUGCUUGGAAUUGUUGAUCGAAUUUUUGCUCGCGUUGGUGCCUGCGAUAACAUUGCGCAACAUAGAUCAACUUUUAUGGUCGAGAUGACGGAAUCGGCCUAUAUACUUUCACAUGCUACGCCAAAUUCAUUUGUAGUACUCGAUGAAAUUGGGAGAGGUACUUCAACCCUAGAUGGAAUAUCUGUUGCUCAAGCUAUUUUGGAAUACUUUCAUGAAGUAAUACGUUGUCGAACACUAUGUGCAACUCACUAUCAUCAGCUAGGCAAAUUAGCCACAACUUUGAAAUCAGCUUCAUCAUAUCAAGUUUCAGCUAAGAAAAAUUCAGAUGGUGCUAUUAUGUAUUUGUAUAAAAUAUUUGUAAGCGAAAGUAGAGUAAGAUUUAUUUAUAACAGCGCUAAAAAUUUGAGGGUUAUGACGCUAAUUCCUAAUUUCGGUCACGGUAAACCCGGUUAUUGUAAACAGUCUCUCGGAAUUGAAGUUGCUAUGCAAGCUGAUGAUCUUGGCCCUAACUCCUUAAUGGCAAGUGGUACGAAGGAUUCUGAAAGUCAGUUUGCUACUUUAAAUGAAGACAGCAUUAAAAUAAUCAGGAAAAUUUGUAAAGGUAUACACCCAUCAUCAAUAAACCCCAAGGAAGCAAUCAUACAGCUAUAUUCAAUUCUAGAUAAUUUGACACCAAAAGAGGCCGAUGGAUUUAUGCACACCCUGAUUCGCUUAUCAAGAUUGGCUCCCAGCAAUUAA